CUUCCCUCCUGGCUGUCGCUUUGAUGAUCUUCCUUACGUCCGGUCUUAUGGUCUAUUUUCUGACAUCUACCCUGGUCCAUCAUUGGAUAAACUCCUCUGCCGAAGACAGCCUUCCCUGUGCGACACGGACUACGGCUUGAAUUGCUACGGUUCUAGACCCGCGGUCGGUCUGGCGCAUUAAUCGGUCGUCCUAUAUCGUCGAUACUGCUUCGUAGUCUCGCUCAUUCGUUGGUGUUCUCUAUUUUAUUCGAUUCACCUAUCUCUCUUCUUUUCGCCGCGAAAUCCUGCCAAUGCCGACCUGAAAUGGAUUUAACCCAGCCCGGGGACGAACCCGCCGGCGUUACUGCCGAAAGCCCCACGGACGACUCUCCGAGCGCGGUCGGCAAGCGACGGUGGAGGCGCAAUCGAAUUGCCUGUGAUUCCUGCCACUCGCGACGGGUAAGAUGCGAUCGCGCUUUCCCGUGUUCUCGGUGCCUUCGAAGCGAUGUUCACUGCCAGUUUACUCGCGAACGUCGCAAGCGCGGACGUAUUGCACGGCCGAAGAUAGCACAGACAGAGGUGAGAGUGGAAAAGGCGCCACCUCCAGAGCCUUCCGCGGCUCCGAUGAGAAAUGAUAGGAUACCGGCAGUUGUCGGUGCCGACGCGGUGGCUACACCGGCAGCGAAUGUAAACUCCCCGUCGCUGAGCUUCCAUCAUCGCUCGCCCGUCACGAACGAUGUGACCAUGUCUGUCCAGAGCGUCGACGAGCGACGCUCCCAGGCAAGCACGUCCUUACCUUCCACUCGGCCUAGAGUGCGUGGUAAUGUGACGGAGGAAUGGCUGUCCGGGGCUCAUGUAUCUCCUGGAGCCUACGAAGAUUUGAGAGCUUCGGGGCUUCUGGACGACGCGCCGCACCGAGUGCUGGAGAUGUGGAAUGGGGUCGAUCUGGCAGCCGGCGGCGCUCCCACUUCGAACAAAUCAAAGACGAGUCAGUCGGCGGGAGGGCAGGCCACCUCCCUCAAGUACCCUGUGCUGCAGCCCCUCAUGCCCUACGUGGAGGCGAACCUGCCCCGGCGGUUAGUGUUCGACCUCCUCGAACUUUAUUUUACCAGCGCGUUUUCAACCUACAUGCACCCCGUGUGCCACCAUAUACACUGUUAUGUGCUACGAAAGGCGUCUUUUCUGACUCGCGAAAAUUAUCGCGCCAGCAGUCCAGCGCUCCUGGCGAGUAUGCUCUGGGUGGCCGCGCUCGACGAUCGGGCCUUCGCGCUCCCGAUUUCCCCUCCGCAACGCAAGAAAAUAUGCCAGUUCCUCUGCGCGCUGACGAUCCAUUUGCUCCGGCCGUUGAUUCACGUCUCCUUCAAGGAUCAGGCCGGAAAUAGCACGAGUACUCCGGGUGCUGCUGCGGGAGUGGCGCCGGAAGGCCCGCCUCCCACCGUGCACCACUCGUUCGAAGGCCGUGGUGAUGACUGGGGCUUAGUUGGUCCCGCCGGCUCUCUAGACGAUGUGAUUACCUAUGUUCAUGUGGCAUCGAUCAUCUCAUCGAGCGAACAAAAGGCAGCCAGCAUGCGCUGGUGGCAUGCGGCCUUCACGUUGGCUCGGGAGCUCAAACUCAACCAGGAGAUUGAUGUCAUGCCCAGUGUUGACAACCACCCCGAGGACUCCAGCCCGUCGGUCGAUUAUUCGCUCUCUGGAUGGGACGGGGUCGAUACCGGUCCCUUUUUCGACCAUGCCAACCCAGCCCGAUCGUGCCUUAACUGCGUGUGCGACCGCACCACUGCGUCCGGUGCGACCAUCAACGAGGAAUACCGCGAGGAGCGUCGUCGGGCAUGGUGGCUUUUAUACAUAAUGGACCGCCAUCUAGCUUUGUGUUAUAAUCGACCACUGGCUCUGCUAGACGCCGAGAGCGAGGACCUCCUCCUGCCGCUCGACGAAGGGUCAUGGCAGGCGGGAAACAUCCACAGCAACAGUCCCAAACCGGACGGACCGCAGUGUGCGCUUUCAGGCGUCAAAAACAGGCGUCGCGUGUUCCCCAACUUCAUCUGCCACGACCACUCGAUCUUCGGAUUUUUCCUGCCUCUGAUGACAAUCACCGGAGAACUGAUCGACCUCAACCAAGCGCGCAACCACCCAAUGCUCGGCGUCCGCCUACACGGCAAAGACGCCUGGGACGUGCACCUCAACGAAGUCCUGGGCCAGCUCGAGAUCUACAAAGCAAGUCUGACCACCUUCGCAGCCACCACAGUCGAUACCUCAACCUUACUCCCAGCCACAUACCCCACAUCCAAGCCAGACGCCCUGCCAGUCGACCCAGCCCUGGCGCAGGCCUACUCCUGGCACACGCAAACCGUCAUCUCCUACGCCUCAUACCUAGUCCACGUCCUCCACAUCCUCCUCGUCGGCAAAUGGGACCCCGUCUCCCUAAUCGAAGACAAAGACUUCUGGACCUCCUCUCCAGCCUUCGCAUCCACAAUCUCACACGCGCUCGACGCAGCCGACUCCGUCGACCAGAUCCUCCGCUACGAUCCAGACAUCAGCUUCAUGCCGUAUUUCUUUGGCAUCCAACUCCUCCAAGGCAGCUUUCUCCUCCUCCUAAUCGUCGAGCGUCUCCAAAAGGAAGCAGGCGAGGGCAUCCUCAACGCAUGCGAGGUCAUGAUCCGCGCGACUGAAUCGUGCGUCGUCACGCUUAACACAGAGUACCAGCGCAAUUUCCGCCAAGUCAUGCGCAGUGCCGUCGCCCAGGCGCGCGGUCGGCCUGUCAAUCACAGCGAGAUUCGCCAUCGUCGCAAGGCUGUUCUUGCUCUGUACCGAUGGACGCGAAAAGGGACGGGACUGGCGCUUUGA